CAGAGCUUGCUUGAAUGGAGCAAUCUCGGAAAUUCCGAAAUGUUGCAAUGGAUUGAGAGGUGGCAGAGUGGUACGACCCAGUUGCAACAUUAGAUAUGAGACUUACAGCUUCUUUGAUCUUGCGGCUGCACAACCAUUCAUAUCAUUACAGUCGCCGCCGUCUCCUCUUCCGCCACCUGCUCCUCCGACGACACCCAAGAAAGGUAUCAAUAUUUGCAUUCAGUUCACACACACACACACACAUACGGGGAAAGAGAAACACAACAGGAAUUGUUGUUGCCAUAGUUGUGCCAACUGUUGCGUUCAUCGCACUGGUCAUCUUCAUCGUUAUUAUUAAGGCCAGGAGGCUAAAGAAGACUAUCCGAAUCGGCGAAGAUAAAGAUGAAAUCAUGACGGUUGAGUCAUUGCAAAUGGACUUUGAAACCAUCAGAGCGGCAACGAAUGAUUUUUCUGAUGCAAAUAAGCUUGGACGGGGUGGAUUUGGACCUGUUUACUUGGGUAGGUUAUAUAAUGGACAAGAGAUAGCUGUAAAAAGGUUGAGUAGAGAUUCUGGGCAAGGUGAGAUGGAGUUUAAGAAUGAAGUGUUGCUGGUGGCCAAGCUACAACAUCGGAAUUUAGUGAGGUUACUUGGUUUUUGUCUCGAAAAAGAAGAAAAGCUCCUUAUUUACGAGUUUGUUCCCAACAAAAGCCUUGAUUGCUUCAUCUUUGAUUCCGUCAAAAGGGUGAAAUUGAAUUGGGAAAAGCGCUACAAAAUUAUAGAAGGCAUUGCCAAAGGCCUUGUAUACCUUCAUCAUGAUUCUCGAAUACGAAUUGUUCAUCGUGAUCUCAAAGCAAGCAACGUGCUCUUAGAUGAAGAGAUGAAUGCUAAAAUAUCAGACUUUGGCAUGGCAAGAUUAUUUGUGGUAGAUCAGACUCAAGCCAAGACAAGCACAGUCGUUGGGACCUAUGGAUACAUGGCACCGGAAUACGUGAUGAAUGGAGCGUUUUCAACUAAAUCAGACGUCUUUAGUUUUGGAGUAUUGGUUUUAGAAAUUAUAAUUGGCCAGAAAAAUGGUCAAUUUCAGAAUGGAGAAAGUGAGGAGCACAUAGUAAGUGCGGUUUGGAAAAACUGGACAAAAGGGACAUUGGCAAAUAUUGUGGAUCCAACGUUGAUGGAGGAUGCUGGGACAAGAAAUGAAAUAAUGAGAUGCAUCCACAUAGGGUUACUGUGUGUUCAAGAAAAUGCCGAACACAGGCCAACAAUGGCUUCCAUUUUUCCAAUGCUUAGUACUCAUUCAAUCACCCUUCCUGUUCCUUCAGAACCUUCAUUUUAUAUCUGGAGAAGCUUACCAGGAAUCAAAUCACUAUCUUCUGGAGAUCAAUCCGCCGAUGGAUCAAUAAAUCAGCUUUCAGUGUCAGAGCAGUAUCCUCGGUAGCUAUAAUAUGUUGUAGGAAAAAUUACUAUGUUGUCCCAAAGAGAAAAAAAUAUAAUUAUUAUAUAUGUAUGUGUGUGUAUUUUGAUUU